AUGGAGAGAUUGCAACUGAAGAUAAAGGAUAAUAGAGUUAUCAUCAGAAAGUCUGAUUUCUUCAAUGAAAUCAAAUCGUCAAUAGAUUCUUCUUUUACCUGCAUACGAUGCCUCGCUUUGGGUUCACCGUCACAAAGCUCUGAUGCUAGAUACCAAUAUGCAUUACUACUAGAGUUAAUUGAUUGGUUGGGUAUUACAGAUAUAUCCAUUUACGAUCCCUUAUUCACUGACGAGGAUAGACAGUUGUUUGCUGACUUCAAAGUCGAGGAAGAAUUCAGCCUACCGCAGGAUGGAAAUGUUCUCUUUUACAUACCGCACUUGCCUCUCGAGGCAAUGGAGCUUGUGGUCAAUACUGAAAAGCCCGUGGUUUUUCUAGGCAACGAUGUAAUUGCUCAUACGGACCGCUUGACGAAGAGAAAACUAGCGGAGUUGUACCCUAGUAUGUCUAUAAUGGUCCAAUACUUAAACAACGGCUCGGGGUACGAUGACGGAUUUACAAAAGUAACAAAAAGUAGAAAGAAAUUCAAAGAACCCGAAAUCGGCUAUGAUUUCGACUCUGUAUAUUUUAAAAACGUUGAGAUUGUACGCUAUGUUCACAAUUUUAACAAAAAUGACCCAUGGGGAAAUUCAUUCUCAGAUUUAGCGUUACAUAGACUUGUGAUAUAA